GUCCAAGCUAGCGAAGAAGCAUUUGGUUGCUGUUCUCCGACUAGCGCGUUCUGGCUGAGCUUUCUGGGAAUCUGAUCCGAUCGCGACCUGACCCAGUCGAAAACACUAACGUAUUCGGCCUCAAAGCAAUCGCGCUCUGCUCUACGCAACUGCACCACUACCUUACUCGACGCUAUCGCAUCACAUCUAGCAACACAUUCUGCUCGUACAUACUUCUGUGCCGGUCUCGGAUUCGCCGCAAUGGCGCCUAUGCCUAUCAGCGAAGUGAAAGGCAACCCACGCGAAAAUCGUACCGCCGCGCAUUCACACAUCAAAGGCCUAGGCUUGAGGCCUGAUGGCCGGGCUGAAGGAAGCACAUCGGGCUUCGUAGGCCAAACUGCAGCUCGGGAGGCUUGUGGUGUCGUAGUGGACUUGAUACGUGCGAAGAAAAUGUCAGGAAGAGCUGUGUUGUUGGCGGGUGGACCGGGAACAGGGAAGACUGCACUCGCAAUGGCAGUGUCGCAAGAGCUGGGAACAAAGGUGCCCUUCUGUCCAAUCGUUGGAAGCGAGAUAUACUCCACAGAAGUCAAGAAGACGGAGGCACUGAUGGAGAACUUCAGAAGAGCUAUCGGACUUCGCGUUCGCGAAACCAAGGAGGUCUAUGAAGGCGAAGUGACGGAGCUGACACCCGAAGAAGCUGAGAAUCCUCUGGGUGGCUAUGGACGUACUAUCUCGCACCUGCUCAUCACCUUGAAGGCCGCGAAAGGAACGAAGAAGCUUCGGCUGGAUCCUUCCAUAUACGAGGCAAUCCAAAAGGAGCGCGUUCGCAUUGGCGAUGUUAUCUACAUAGAAGCAAACACCGGGGCUGUUAAACGAGUGGGCAGAUCAGAUGCUUAUUCGACAGAAUUCGACCUCGAGGCUGAAGAGUAUGUCCCGAUACCAAAAGGCGACGUGCAUAAGAAAAAAGAGAUUGUACAGGAUGUUACAUUGCAUGACCUGGACAUUGCCAAUGCUCGACCACAGGGAGGCCAAGACAUUAUGAGCAUGAUGGGACAGCUGAUGAAGCCAAAGAAGACCGAGAUAACGGAGAAGCUGAGGCUUGAGAUCAACAAAGUUGUGAACAAGUACAUCGACCAAGGGGUUGCAGAGCUAGUCCCAGGUGUUUUGUUCAUUGACGAGGUACACAUGCUGGAUUUGGAGUCUUUCACUUAUCUCAAUCGUGCUCUGGAAUCGCCCAUCUCACCCAUCGUGAUUCUUGCGAGUAAUAGGUCUUCUGCUCCUAUUCGAUACUCCUCGACUUCUCUUUCGAACGGCGAAGCUUCUCUCCCUGCCUCACCUCAUGGUCUACCCCCUGACCUUCUUGCUCGACUCCUCAUCAUUCCCACUCACCCGUACAAUUCUCAAGAAAUUGAUCAAAUCGUACGCAUUCGAGCACGCACGGAAAACCUCACGCUCAGUGAGGACGCAUUCGCAAAGGUUGGUGAGCUUGGUGUCAGUGUCAGCCUACGGUACGCCCUGCAAUUACUCUCUCCCGCCAAUGUCCUGGCCAAAGUUUCCGGCCGUGAAGCUGGCAAAGUCGAAAGAGUUGACGUUGAGGAGGCUGAGGGACUUUUCUGGGACGCAGGAAGAAGUGCAAGUGCAUUGACUACUGGUAAGGGUUGGAUUGUAUAAAUACUUCUUAUAUCUGGUGUUUGGUGUACUCGCAUGUAAAACAGGAUCACAGUCUAUUGGGCUGGGCGAUCUGGCACAUCUGGCACAAAACAAUCGCUAUCCAACCUGGAAUAUCAAGAUUGCCAAUCAUGAUAUGUAGGAUAAGCCAUUAACUCCCUAUACUUAUUGGGUAUCGUCGAUGCUACGGCGUGCGCCCGUUCUCGUGAAGCUUUAGCCUUAGAUGGACUAUAUAGGAAUACUAUGCCGAUUUGAAGAACUGCGGGUAUAUGU